CUAACUUGCAAUGCGUUCCAUUUGAAGACACGCCACUCGCACAGCUGUAACUUUGUAUGCGAAUGGAUGUAAGCCCUCUUCAAUCGGCUCCUUGACAUUGCCUCCCCGAAAAGUUGCCAUGUAGUCGGGGCACACCUGAGCGGAAAGCGACACUCCGAACUGCUUUUAAGCAAACACUUUUCUCUACUUGUACGAUGUGGAUGAGCCGCGCUUUUCUGCUGGCGAGUUUGUUCGCCGUUUGCUUUGGAAACCCGCACAAAUGCGACGAAGUGCGCAAAGUUUUUCACCUCCGGCAAAUUGGACCGAGCCAGAUGCUGCCUUUAAAUCCCAGGCCAGGCUCCGAUCUUCAAGUGUGCAGGUCUAAAAGCCAGACCUGUUGCACCAAAAAGAUGGAGGAGAGGUACCAGGUUGCCGCGCGGAGGGACAUCGAAAACCUCCUUCAGACCUCCAGCUCCAGUUUGAAGUUUCUCAUCUCGCGCAACUUGGCUGCUUUUCAAGGCACCUUUGAGGUUCUGAGGAGGCAGGCAGAGAACCACACCAACGCCCUGCUGCAGGAGUCCUACGGCAACAUGGCUGCUCAGGCCGAAGGUCCCGUGGGCGAACUUUUCACCGACAUUAGUCUCUUCCUGCUUGGGUCUGAGCUCAACGUUGAGGACUUUGUCCAAAGAUUUUUUGAUACUCUCUUCCCGAUGGUAUUCAAUCAUUUUGUCAACCCGGGCCUCGGUGACCUCUCAGCAGGCUACACCGAGUGUGUCAGGUCAUCGGGCCGUGAUGUGAGGCCAUUCGGUGGGACGCCUGCUUUAUUGGCUGAUCAGAUUGCUCGAUCUGGGGUGUCGGGCAAGCUUCUCGUCCAAGCUUUGCACCUCGGCAUUGAAGUCAUAAACACGACAGACUACUUGCAGUUGAGCCGUGAGUGCAGAAAAGCCUUGCUCAAGAUGCAUUACUGCCCCCAUUGCCAGGGCUUAACUCAGUCCAAGCCCUGCAUGGGCUAUUGCCUCAACGUGAUGCGGGGCUGCUUGGCAAGUAUGGCGGAGAUUGACGUCCACUGGAGGGAGUUUGUGCACUCACUAGAGGAGCUGUCAGCUCGGAUGCACGGACCACAGGAUUUGGAGCAAGUGCUUCUGGGAAUUCACACAUUGCUGCACGAUGCUGUUGGAUUUGCGCGAAAAAACGGAGCCCGUAUCGCAGCACAGGUGCACAAACUGUGUGGGCCUCCCACCAGGAAGCCUGUGCAGACAGUCAGCAUCCAGCACAGCAGCCAAGAAUCCAUCCAUUUAAAAACUCCAAUCAAAGCGUCAGAUGACUCACUUGCUGUGAGGAGAAGGGAGUUUCUGAACAGUCUCCGCCUCUACCGGACAUACUACGGUGGCCUUGCAGAUCAAUUGUGUGUCAGUGAGCUGGCCUCUGAUGAUGGGUUGUCCUGCUGGAAUGGAACCGACAUUGUGAAAAGCUACACUCUGCGCGUGGUGGGAAACGGGAUCAAGGCUCAAGCCGCCAACCCGGAGGUCAAAGUGAAAGGAGCCGACUCUGUCAUCCAUCAAAUCAUAGACAAACUGAAGCAUAUCAACCAGCUGCUGCAAGGGAAAUCCAUCCCCAAACUGGGGACGCUGGACCAAAUUGAAACAGGAAGCGGCGAUGCGGAAGGACGUUACAGCGGCGACUGUGAUGAUGAAGAUGGCUGCGAUGGUUCCGGUGGUGCGGAGACGGAGAAGAACAUCCAGAGAGUCUCCAAAUUAAAUCCAGAUGUGUCAAGUGGUCACAAUCAUCAUCAUCAUCCACCUAUCGAGGAUUAUAAGGUGAAGGUCCGAUCCGGGAGCAUCAGAAUGACUGGAUCCAUCGUCGCCAUGACGAUGCCUUGGUUACAUCUGCUCCUUGCACCGUAACGGUUGCGGCGCUCAACCCCACAAACUCGAUUCUAACCUUAUUUAUCAAAUGAGGACAUGUGGCGCUCCAACAUGCACCGAAUCCACACCGUGCGGGACACACGGGCAUUGCAACCACGUGGAAACCGAAAGAGACCUCACCUCGUAUGUAAAAGGACAUGGUCUCCCGCUUUCAUGCCCUGAAGAGAAUUUUUGUAACGUGCCACCUUAAUCUAUAUUUAUCAAUCAUAAUUAGAGUAUAUUUUCUCAUACAGAUCGAUUUCAUUGUGUGUCUGCACACAAGAUACAAUCUGCUCUUAAUUGAUGUCUUCAAAAAACAGGUUUACUUUUCAAUGGUCUGCUGUUAAAAAAACAAAACAAAAAAAAACA